CAAAUAUUACCCGUCACUCUUUGCGCCGCUAUUAUUACACCUUUUAUAUUUAAUCAUUUCCCUCUACCCGAGUCCCCGGAUUGACCGGUGAUCUCGUCUCGUUUUUGUUUAGCUACCCUUCGCAUCCUCUUCUGAUGCUUACGGCAACCCGUCAUUAAUAUCCCCUGGCGCGGUCCGAGACAGCUCGUCUCGACCUCUAAUCACCAUGUCGCUUCUAGGCACCCUAAAUCCUAAUCUUAAUCUCAACCAGUCCGUGGAAUCCCGAGAGGUCCAUGUGGACGAACAUGCAGGCGAAGCAGCGGAGCAGGCUGCAGCGGUGAACGAAGGAACCGAGGAAUUGACCCACGACGUUCACUCGGUGUACUCGACCCCCAACGAAGAAACCCAACAGGACGAAAUAUUCGAACAUCUGGCCACCGAAGUCAGGUCGGCAACUAGCAGAGCCCGGAGGGAGCCCUGGAGCCGCCACACCAGCACAUUCAGCACGGCCGAGACCGCCAUGGAGGAGAAACGAGAUGAUACCAGUGAGGAGGCGGACGAAGAAGAGAAGGCCGCUGAGGAGGAAGUCCAUCGUCUGGCACAGCAGUUGACUCGCCAAUCGACUCGGUUUUCCACCACUGGCCACGCCGAAAACUCUUUCCUGGAGGCCAAGGAAGAUUCGACCCUGAACCCGCAUAGUGCGAAUUUCAAGUCAAAGCACUGGAUGAAGAACCUGUUGGCUUUGUCGUCUCGCGAUCCCGAGAGGUACCCCAAGCGUGAGGCGGGUGUAUCCUUCCAGAACCUCAGCAUUCAUGGUUUCGGUAGUCCCACGGAUUAUCAGAAGGAUGUUUUCAACUCGGUGUUGCAGGUUGGUGCCCUCGUUCGCAAGAUGACGGGCACGGGCAAGCAGAAGAUUCAGAUUCUCCGUGACUUCGAUGGCCUCGUCAAGAGCGGUGAAAUGUUGGUCGUCCUGGGUCGCCCUGGAAGUGGAUGUACUACUUUCUUGAAAACCAUUGCUGGUGAAAUGAAUGGUAUCUACAUGGACAAGAAGUCUCAACUCAACUACCAGGGUAUUUCAGCCCAGCAGAUGCGGAAGCAAUUCAGGGGCGAAGCCAUCUACACAGCCGAAACCGACGUUCACUUCCCUCAACUGACUGUCGGCGACACCCUCAAAUUCGCCGCCCUUUCUCGUUGUCCCCGAAACCGCCUCCCUGGUGUGACGAAGGAGCAGUAUGCCACUCACAUGCGCGACGCUGUGAUGGCUAUGCUGGGUCUUUCGCAUACCAUCAACACUAAGGUCGGCAACGAUUUCGUCCGUGGUGUCAGUGGUGGUGAACGGAAGCGUGUCAGUAUCGCUGAAGCCACUCUCUGUGGAAGUCCUUUGCAAUGCUGGGAUAACAGUACCCGUGGUCUGGAUAGUGCGAACGCGCUGGAAUUCUGCAAGACUUUGAACCUGAUGACCAAGUAUGCCGGUGCUACUGUUGCUGUGGCUAUCUACCAAGCUUCCCAGAGUGCGUACGAUGUCUUCGAUAAGGUGACGCUCUUGUAUGAGGGCAGACAGAUUUACUUUGGCCCCACCGAUGAGGCCAAGGAGUUUUUCACCACCAUGGGAUUUGAGUGUCCCGACCGCCAAACCACCGCUGAUUUCCUCACCUCACUUACCAGCCCAUCCGAGCGUAUUGUUAAGCCGGGCUUUGAGGGCAAGGUUCCGCGUACCCCUGACGAGUUUGCCGCUGCCUGGAAGAACAGUGAAGCGCAUGCGAAAUUGAUCCGAGAAAUUGCCGAUUACAACAACCACUACACUCUUGGUGGUGAGUCGCUUGACAAGUUCAUCGUCUCUCGCAAGGCUAUGCAAGCGAAAAACCAGCGCGUCAAGUCGCCGUAUACCAUCUCUCUCUACGAGCAGGUCAAGCUUUGCUUGGUUCGAGGCUUCCAGCGACUCCAGGGUGAUGCCAGUUUGACUAUAUCUCAGCUGGUCGGUAACUUUAUUAUGGCUUUGAUUAUCGGUAGCGUCUUCUACAAUUUGCCGGCAGACACGUCCAGUUUCUAUUCUCGUGGUGCUCUACUCUUCUUCGCCGUGUUGCUUAACGCCUUUUCCAGUGCUCUGGAGAUCCUGACCCUCUACGCCCAACGUCCCAUCGUCGAGAAGCAAUCUCGCUACGCAAUGUACCACCCGUUCGCCGAAGCUAUCGCGUCGAUGCUUUGUGACAUGCCGUAUAAGAUCGUAAACGCCAUCAUUUUCAAUCUUACGCUUUAUUUCAUGACCAAUCUACGUCGCACACCAGGAGCUUUCUUCGUCUUCCUUGUGUUCUCUUUUCUCACGACCUUGACCAUGUCUAUGCUCUUCCGUACCCUGGCCUCUUCCUCACGCAGUCUUUCCCAGGCGUUGGUGCCUGCGGCUAUCCUGAUUCUGGGUCUGAUCAUCUACACUGGCUUUACUAUCCCGACAAGAUACAUGCUUGGAUGGUCCAGAUGGAUGAAUUAUAUUGACCCAAUCGCCUACGGCUUCGAGAGCUUGAUGGUUAACGAAUUCCAUGACCGGGUAUUCCCAUGCGCCACGACGGAUUUGGUUCCCAACUACUCUGACGUUUCCAUCGAGUACAAGAUCUGUUCCACAGUUGGCGCGGUUGCUGGAUCCACGGUUGUUCAGGGUGACGCAUAUCUUCACAAGAGUUUCCAGUACUACGACAGCCACAAGUGGCGGAACCUGGGUAUCAUGAUUGCCUUCAUGAUCUUCUUUAUGACCACUCACCUGCUCACCACUGAGUACAUCUCAGAAAUCAAGUCCAAGGGCGAAGUGUUGCUUUUCCGCCGUGGUCACAACGAGCUUGCGACUGAUGAUGUGGAGACAAGCCAGCAAGUCUCCGCAGGCGACAAGAUGGACCAGUCCGGUCCUCGUGAAACAGCUGCUAUCCAGAGACAAGAGGCCAUCUUCCACUGGCAGGAUGUGUGCUACGACAUCAAGAUCAAGGGCGAGCCCCGGCGUAUUCUAGACCACGUCGAUGGCUGGGUUAAGCCUGGAACCUGUACUGCUCUGAUGGGUGUUUCUGGCGCUGGUAAAACCACGCUUCUGGACGUUCUUGCUACUCGUGUGACCAUGGGUGUGGUGACUGGUGAAAUGUUGGUUGACGGUCGCCCAAGAGAUCAGUCCUUCCAGCGCAAGACCGGAUAUGUGCAGCAACAAGAUCUUCAUCUCCACACCACUACCGUCCGUGAGGCUUUGCGUUUCAGCGCCAUUCUUCGUCAGCCUGCCCAUGUCAGCCGCCAGGAGAAGCUCGAUUACGUUGAAGAGGUCAUCAAACUACUUGGUAUGGAGGCAUACGCGGACGCCGUUGUCGGUGUUCCUGGUGAAGGUCUCAACGUCGAACAACGCAAGCGUCUUACCAUUGGAGUCGAAUUGGCAGCCAAGCCUCAACUGCUUCUGUUCCUCGACGAGCCCACUUCCGGUCUUGACAGUCAAACAUCCUGGUCUAUUCUUGAUCUUAUCGACACCCUGACCAAGCACGGCCAGGCGAUUCUUUGCACCAUCCACCAACCCUCCGCUAUGCUCUUCCAACGGUUUGAUCGCUUGUUGUUCCUCGCUAAAGGCGGUAAAACCGUCUACUUUGGCGAGAUCGGUGAUAAGUCGUCGACCCUUGCUAGCUACUUCGAAAGAAACGGCGCCCCGAAACUGCCGGCUGAUGCCAACCCGGCCGAAUGGAUGCUUGAGGUUAUUGGUGCUGCUCCUGGAUCGCACAGUGAUGUCGACUGGCCCGCUGCUUGGCGCGAAAGUGCCGAGCGUCAAGGCGUGCUUGACCACCUUGCUGAGCUCAAGUCCACUCUUUCGCAGAAGCCGGUUGAUGCCUCCAAGGCUGAUCCUGGCGAGCUCAAUGAAUUUGCUGCCCCCUUCUCCGUGCAGUUGCGGGAGUGCUUGCUCCGCGUUUUCUCUCAGUAUUGGAGAAGCCCGGUGUAUAUCUACUCGAAGAUCGCUCUUUGCGUACUCACCGCGCUUUACAUCGGAUUCUCCUUUUUCAAGGCCAAGAACAGUGCACAGGGUCUCCAGAACCAGAUGUUCAGUAUUUUCAUGCUGAUGACUAUCUUCGGUAACCUCGUUCAGCAAAUCCUACCUAACUUCUGCACUCAGCGUUCGCUGUACGAAGCUCGUGAGAGGCCUUCCAAGUCCUACUCCUGGCAGGCUUUCAUGACUGCCAAUAUCAUUGUUGAGCUUCCAUGGAACGCGCUCAUGAGUGUUCUUAUCUUUGUUUGCUGGUACUACCCCAUCGGCUUGUAUGGGAAUGCCGAGCCAACCCACGCUGUUCACGAGCGUGGUGCCCUGAUGUUCCUGCUGAUCCUGUCCUUCCUUCUCUUCACCUCUACGUUCGCGCACAUGAUCAUCGCUGGUAUCGAGCUCGCAGAAACAGGUGGUAACAUCGCUAAUCUGCUGUUCUCCCUGUGUCUGAUCUUCUGUGGUGUUCUGGCUACUCCUGCGACACUCCCUGGCUUCUGGAUCUUCAUGUACCGCGUGUCGCCAUUUACCUACCUGGUUUCGGGCAUGUUAUCCACCGGUGUAUCGGGCACGACCGCCGUCUGCGAAGCAGUGGAAUACCUUCAGUUUACCCCGCCUCCUAACAGCACGUGCUCGAGCUACAUGGCCGACUACAUCAACAGCUACGGCGGAUACCUCGAGGAUCCCAGCUCCACCAGCUCCUGCUCCUUCUGCUCGAUCUCCAGCACCGACACCUUCUUGGCGGAGGUGAGCAGCUACUUCGACCAGGCAUGGCGCAACUUCGGCCUGAUGUGGGUGUACAUCAUCUUCAACAUCUUCGCCGCCGUGGGCAUUUACUGGCUGGCUCGUGUGCCCAAGACCCCCAAGACCGAGACCCCGAAGGACAAGAAGGGCUCCUCUAAAGCAUAAGAGCCUUACUUCAUUUCAUCUUUCCUUUCUUUGACUUCCCCCCUGGACAUAUGCUUGCAUGCCUGUUUAAUGUAUUGAUUGGACUCUGGACAUAUAUAGCGGCUGGAUUCUUCAUGUAAUGGACAUUUAUGUAUGGGCUUUUUGUUUUCCUUUUCGCUUCAGCGUCUUGAUGAACGCUUGGUUGGAUAUUAGAGUUCUUCCUCUUCUUUCCUUUUUCAUUUUUAUCUCCUUUUUUUCCCCCCUCUCAUCUCAUCCCUCCUCUUCUCUUCUCUACUCUUCGCACUUGGCUCCUUUCAUUGCUGAAAACUGCAGAUAUGCAUGCAUACAUUCAUGUACGUACAUAAAAUCUAGAACUAGAAUUAUCAGAUCGGUGGGGUAGAAACCCCAAUUGACAUUUUC